AUGAGAGACGAAAAGUCACGCAACUCGCCAGUUUCAGAGAUGUUUCAGCUGGUGGUCUCUGAGCAUCUGCUCCCGGUUGUGGCAGUGAUGUUGGCUAUUUUCCGUUCUCCGCUGUUGGGCAUGUGCCGUCAGGUGUAUUCUGGUGUACUGAAGCUUUCCCACAGGAAGGUCUGCAUCAGCUCCACUCAUGCCUAAAACUCCACACACGAACAGGCUCAGAGUGUCUUGAUGACCUUUGACCUCUAUUCCAGCAUUCAUGCCUACUUAGACAUUGGCCCUCAGAAAGGUGAGUUUCUGGAUGAGAUUGUGAAAAGUAAAGCCCCGCUGAGGGUCCUGGAGUUGGGUACACACUGUGGCUAUGCUUCGGUCAGGAUUCUGUGUUUGCCUCCUCCAUCUGGAAAACUGCAAACUGUAGAACAAGAUCCUCUGACAGCAGAUAAAGGGGAGGAAAGCAUACUAGUUGCAGCUGCUAAUAGUAAUGACCCAAGCAUACUGGACCCAGGUGAGGAAGCUAGCAAUACUAGAAACACCAAGAUAGUUAUCUGA